CUCUCGAGCAGCUCGAUCAGGCCAUGAACAAGGGCGACGCUUCCACCGUCUUCAAGCUUCAGAGCGCUAUCAAAUUCAACGGCGGAGAGGAUUUGACUUCGGAGGAAGAAACUAAUGUUGAAGAUCCCAUGAAAAUGGCUGGAGCGAUGUCAUGUAAACCACUCGUUUUUCAGGAAAAAUCUCGCUCCCGUCAGUGUGCGGCUUUGCAAGGCUCAGGAUGGGUGUGGCUUGGUGUUGACAAAGAGCUAAAGAAGCUUGUGGUGGAUACAACUCCCAAUCAGGAUCCACUCGGGAUAGAUGUUUGGGAGCAUGCAUACGACUUGCAGUACAAGAACGUGAGGCUGGAUUAUCUGAAGAACAUAUGGAAAGCCAUCAACUGGAAAAUACGCGAGUGAAGCUUAUGAGAAGGAAUACCAAUGAACGCAAAGGAAGAAACUUGAUCUCUGGGUUUGAUUUAUCGAGGUCUUCAAAAGUUUCCCAGGGUUCUUGUAAGUUUCUGUGAUGAAACUGAAUAAAGAGGAGCAGUGUUGAAGCUCUGUCUGUAAAUCCUGUUGUCUGAACAAAUGACAUGUUUUUAUUUCUUGGCUAAGUUUGAGAGCUUUUGCUUCGUGGAGUU